AUGACCGUCGUGGGAAUGCAUUUUACUAUAUGGAAAGAACAAGAAUUAGCUAAAUUGCUACAGGAAAAGAAAUACGCAUUUUUAUCCUCUGGGAUUUCAACUUACUGGCCUGCUGAUCGCACGAAGAUACCUGACCACCUUCAUUUUUUCAUCUUCAACGGUAUUGCUCAAUGUUAUAUCGACAUAGAAUCAAGCCACGACUUAUCGUCUGAUCGCUCACCUAUAAUAGCAAUAGUUAGUACUGCAGUAAUUAAAAAGAAAACUGCUCCCAAGUUGCACAAUUCUAAAACUGACUGGGAUGUAUUUAGGGACAGCAUUUCUGAGAAUUUUAACUUAAAUAUAAGGCUAGAAAAUCCGGAAGAGUUUGAGGAAGCCACCAUUAAUUUCAUUUCGCUAACUCAACAAGCAGCCAAAAUAGUCAGCAAACUAAAGGAAUUACGUGAUAAUUCGUUUCAAAAUUACAUUGUGAACCUCAGUCGUUAUGACAAUUCUAUAUGGCGUGUAGCUAUUUCAGCUCUAAAAUCGAUCGAAUCAAAUCAUCCGAUUCGUAUACAAUCUACUCCUUCUGGUCCAUGGGCUAAGAGUAGCAAAGAAAAGGCGAAUCUAUUUGUUAAGCACCUUGAGGCUGUAUUCUCUCCGAAUAGCAUUCAUCCCGAUCAAGAUAUUGUGGACUGUUUAAAUGCUAGACCUAUGAACUCUGCUAAUUCGGGUUCAAUUAGACUCGUCUCGACUAACGAAGUUAAAAAAGAAAUCUCUAAGCUGAAUAACAAAAAAUCUCCUGGCUCGGACCUAAUAACUGCAACAAUUUUGAAAGAAUUACCUAAAAAAGCAACUGAAAUUAUUUUAUUCCCGAAGCCGGGUAAAGACCCUAGCGACGUCUCCUCUUAUAGACCAAUAAGCCUACUACCUGUCAUUUCUAAAGUACUAGAGAGACUUCUGCUCCAAAGAAUUACGCCUUAUCUAAAUUUUAUCCCGAAUCAUCAAUUUGGCUUCCGGCGUUAG